AUGUUACCCGCACCUGUAGUAGGCGGCACAGGCACGAUUCCCCAUGAUGAUCCAAGCGGAUCUACACAACUCUUAUUACUGCAGGAUUAUCCAGAGCCAUUAACGGCAGAACAACGCAGUGCGCUACGCCGCCGAACAGCCGCAUUUGUGCGCCGCUAUCAAACCGUGCGGAAAGGGGCUCGUAUCAUUGAACGGGGCUACACAAGUCUAAAAUCACUACUCGCACGAUUGGAGGAGGAUCGGGCACGACUGCAGACUUCACUGGAUCGUUUAACUAAUCCGGAAAUCACAACAGAAACUAAUACUACUACUAUUACUACUACGACUGAUAAUAAUAAUAAUAAUAAUAAUAAUAAUAAUAAUAAUAAUAAUAAUAAUAGUGGUAAUACAGAAGUAAAGACAAAGACACCGGCGGGGAGACGACCGGGUGGUCUGCGGCUGUCAGCAAUGUUUGCCAAUAUGCACAGUGUUCUCAGUGAGGCUAAGCGAGAACAACAACAGUUGCGAUCUAAUAUUACAUUGGAGCGAGAACGUAUAGGAAAGACCACACAACUUAAAAUAAUAGAGGACGAUAUCGCCCAGCAACUCCAACAUUUAGAUUGUCUCACAGAUAAAUAUCUUAAGAGUAAAACUCUUUUAAAAUCUGAAGAAGAAAGUGUAUUGGAGGCAUUACGAUUAUAUGAUGAAAUGCAACAAAUGGAAACCACAUACGCCUCCCGUUUCUUUCUUCGUGCUUCUGGUUCUCAUGAAAGUAAUGAAGAAGAAGAUGCGGCAUGUUAUGAUAUCUUCUUUACACCAGCAAAGUAUACAGAUGAAGUACAGGAAAUGAUACGUGAACAGGUGGAAGAAGUAUUAGAUGCGUAUCUUAUGUAUAGACGCCGAGUAGAUCCGGUGUUGGAUGUACUCGCAGAGGAACGCCGUACACGAGAGGCACGACGAGCCGAUCAAUUACUACAAUUAAUAGGUGUAGAUACUGGGAAUACUGCAGUCACCGCAGCGGCGACGGGUAAUAAUAAUAUGGAUUUUCUCCCACAAUUAACACUCGCAACAACAGGCAGCAGUGGAACUGGUCUUGUUCAUAAAAGAACGACUAUUAAUAAUAAUGUUAAUAGUAGUGAUGGUGUUGGGAUGUUAUCUUCUGGUUUGGGAAAUAGAAUGAGUGCUACUAUGGCUGGUCAGAUCAGUGAUGUGGAGGAUGAUAACUUUGACGGUGAUGAUGAUAUGGGUGUUGGUGUUGGCGAUGAUAAUAAUUUGGGAGGUGAAAUGCGAGAAAAGAGACAACGUGAUCAGAUUCAAUCAGCACUUGCGGCUCUGGAUGAUUUUGAAGAGCUUUACUAA